AUGGGCUUCGGCCGCCCGUGGCGAAAACCACGUGACAGCGCGAUCACCGAGCGCAUCCCGCCAUCCAAGUGGCCCGGCGGUUGGUCAGCGGAAGCUGUGAGUGUAUGGCACGGCCGACGUGUUUCAGAAUCAGCUUCUGCACCUCCAAAGCCGAGACACUUGGCUUCCCCAACUGCGUUGACCUUUCUGGAGUGCAGCGAUGGAAGACCACUACGCCUUAGCAAGCGCGAUGCUACGUGUUGGUUUGACCAGUUGAAGCUUCCCAGCUCUCUUCGUCAAUACAUGGCCAAACCGCCCAUCUCCACAGUGGAACUUGUCAAUGCUGGAAUGUCAGUGGCGGAUCAGCGGCAGCACAUGGAAGAUGGACAUGCUUGGCGCGAAGGUUUGCUAUAUCCUUUGCACUGCGUCUGGCCUAUGGGAUUUUCUUGGUCUUCUUACAUAGCCCAAGAAGAGAUGCUGAGCGUUUGUCAAGAUGCUGGCAUACCAACUUCAUCUCUCUUGGCUUGUGAUUGCGUGACACCUACAUCGUUUGAGCUUGUUGCUGCGGUGGCCACCGAUGAUGUCAUGAUUUUCAGCGACGCUGGCCCUGGUACCACCUGUGAAGCAGCAAGAGCUUUCGAUGCAGCGAUGGAUGCACGAUGCGCAGUCCGAAAUCUUAAGAAGGACGUUGACGACGCGCUCUGUGGUACCUGUGUUGGGGUUGACUUAGUAGACGGAUACUUUCUGGAUGUGCCGGGGGGACGCUACUUGGCCAUGAUUCUGACAUUUCUGCACCUGCACAGAUGCAGGGUGGGCACGCCGCGGCAGGUCCACCAGCUCUUUGGGGUGCUGCAAUGGUUUGACCUCCUGAUCAGGCCAAAGCUAUCCGUUUACAGUGCCAUCUAUGAUUUCACGAUCAGUGACAGUCCUGAUGCUGUACCGCUGCCUGAGCGGGUGUUGGCGGAGCUGGCGUGCAGCCUCUGUCUGGGCAUGUUUUGGCGCUGCGACUUGAGAAGGCGUUUUUUGCCGAUGCUUGGUGCAACAGAUGCCAGCUUAUCCUAUGGUUUGGGGGCAAGCAUUGUGCGUGCCUCGGAAGAAAUGGUCCGAACGGUUGCUCGCUGGGCUGAAAAGCAAGGGGCUUUUGUAGUUAUGGACGGUGAUGCUGCGAAAAGUUUGAGCGCUGAGCGGAUGCUGGAGGCACGGUACCUCAAUUUGAAGCUUGAGCACUUUUCCGACAUCUUCAGUGUUCGCUCCAAAUUUCCUGCACACAUCAACGUCCUGGAAGGUGAGGCAUUCGUGCUUUUCUUGAAGUGGCUUCUGCGGUCCACCAAGCACCACUCGACAAGAGUUGUUGUUCUGCUUGACUCUGCAGUUUUUCUGGGCGCGGCCGCGAAAGGGAGGUCAUCUUCACAGUUGAACAGGCUGUUGCGGAAGGUCGCUUCUCUGGCGAUGGCUGGAAAUCUUCAGCUGCAUUUUAUCUUUGUCCCCUGCAGCGAAAAUCCAGCGGAUUUCCCCUCGCGUGGCAAGAAGAGGCGAGCGCGAAAGUGA